CUGGAAUUAAAAAUGGAUAGUGUGAAGAAGGAACACUCAUACACCUAUUGGGUUAAAAAUGACCCCAAUCAUCCCAAAAUAGAUUGCUAACCAAAGAAGGUGGAAGACCCUUCUCAAGUAUAACAAGUGCAAACUAUAGGAUCUCAAUGGAAUGUAUCAGGAACAUGGGAAGAAAAGAAAGUGCCAAUGAACGAACUCAAGAAAUCCCUUGAAAAUAUCAUAGGAGUAAGAGUUACAUUUAAUAUCUAUUUUUAGAUGAAGAUCGGUUAAACCAAGAUUUCAGCAGUCGAAUCUGUUGAUGGAGAAGCUCAUCUAUAUUUGAGCAGAGGUAAGAAGAGAAUGGGUUAUCACUUGAAAAUCACAUAUGCAUUAGAAGACGACGGAUAAAUUAAAUACACAGACUUUACUGAUGAUGGAGAUAGAGAUGUAAGAAUUGAAAAUAUAUUAUAAGUAUGUGCUCGAAGAUGUCACUGAUUAGACAGUCAAGCAUUAAAUCGAGGACUUACAUUUAAUAACCAAAGAAUUUGUAGAAAUGUUUAAGAAUUGACUGUAUUAAAUUGUGUAUUUAAUUUAUUAUUACAAAAC